AUGCGGGAAGCUCAGAGUUCAAGGUACUCGAUCCAUCCUGGUGCUGACAAGAUGUACAAGGACCUGAAACUAGACUAUUGGUGGCCUGGGAUGGAAAGAGAGAUCUACGAGUACGUCAGCCGGUGCCUGACAUGUUCUAGAGUUAAGAUUGAACAUCAGAAACCUUCGGGGUUGUUGAAACAACUAGAAGUCCCGGUGUGGAAGUGGGAAGAUAUCACUAUGGAUUUUAUUAUGAAGUUACCUCGCACAAAGAACAACCAUAACUCUAUUUGGGUGAUAGUAGACAGACUGACGAAAUCCGCUCGUUUCCUUCCAAUUCGUGAUGACUAUCCGUUGGAAAGACUUGCAGAAAUCUAUAUAGAAUACAUUGUGACCAAGUACGGUGUCCCUUUGUCAAUUGUGUCAGACCGAGAUCCUCGUUUUACUUCUGAUUUUUGGCAGUCACUACAAGAAGCCUUAGGUACUAGACUGAACUUGAGCACCGCCUACCAUCCACAAUCUGAUGGACAGAGCAAACGUACUAUUCAGACAUUGGAGGACAUGCUUCGUGCCUGUGCAUUAGAGUUCAGAGGGAGUUGGGACAAGCAUCUCCCGUUGAUCGAAAAGCUUAAAGCUGCUCAAGACAGACAGAAGUCGUACGCUGACAAACGCCGUAAACCUCUAGAAUUCCAAGUGGGCGAUAAAGUUCUGUUAAAAGUUUCCUCGUGGAAAGGUACUACUCGUUUCGGCAAGAAAGGCAAAUUGGCGCCUCGAUACAUUGGACCUUAUAAGAUUAUCAAACGAGUUGGACCAGUCGCAUACAAACUAGAACUACCCAUAGAACAUGGCAAUGUUCAUGACACCUUUCACGUGUCCAAUCUAAAGAAAUGCUUGGCUGACGACCCAACCGUCAUUCCUGUUAAGGAUGUUCACAUCGACGAAGGGCUUGAGUUCAUUAAAGAACCCAUCGAGAUCAUUGAUAAAGAUGCUAAACAAACUAGACAGAGUCUUGAGUGGGCAGGACCUGAAUAUACUCAUAUUACUAUAUUUGUUCUCUAUUAUGUACUUAUGGUUCUAUGUAUGAGUUCUAUGUUUACUGCUAUCAAUUCAAUUCCCACAGUUCAAGGAAUGAACCAUAGCUUACUUGAUUAUGUGAGCUCACUGGUUCAUUAUAGUUCAUCUUUGGCCAAUCGGGUUAGCGGUAAUGAUAUGCUUACAUACUAA